AUGGCAGCAGUCUGUGUUCGUAAUGAGAUGCCAGCUGCGACUGCGUCAUUUCUCAUGAAGUGUGAAUGUACUGCCAUUGUUUAUCGCCUUCUCACCAGCUCACCUGCUUGUCAUGUUUACUUAAUCUGCCGCGGAGGAGCAGAGAAGCUUCGACGUAAAUGGAGCGAAUGGUUACCACUCAAAGCUGUUGAGGAGCUUUGUGAUUCAUGUCGCCUGACAGUAUAUGAUGGAGAUAUUCUCCAACCAGAUAUGAAGCUUUUGCGGACGGAACUAGAGACUCUACGAUCCACCAUUAACAUCAUUAUCCACGCCGCAUCAUCCAUCAGUCUAGCGAAGCCCUUGCAUAGGGUGUCAAAAUCAAUCAUCGGUGCAAGUGAGGCAAUUGCAAAACUUUCCUUCACUUGCAACAACCUUGAGCGAUUUGUCUAUAUCUCAACAGCGUACGCAAACGCCCAUCUUUUUCCUCGCAGCGAGGGGCCUCUCAAUGACGUGGAAAUCAAGGAGGAAUUUUAUAACCUUGAAAAGCAAGGAAAUCCCGUAGAUGAGUGGAACGAGGUGCAGAAGCACGGGACGAGCGAGGCAUACGAGUCUGAGGACUUUCCAUGGGCAUAUGCAUAUGCAAAGCAUCUGACAGAACGGCUGCUGUUUCACAAUUUCUGUCAAUUUGCCACCAAAGAAAAUCUCCUCAUUGUGCGCCCCUCAAUUAUUGGGCCAGCCCAGAGUUUUCCUUUCCCUGGGUAUAGUAUGCCGAUGUCAACUCCGUCCACGAUGCUAGCCGCAGCAAUAGCGCUGAAUCCAUCCUGGAGGUGGAAGAUCGCGACGCGCAUGGCACUACCAGAGAUAACGGCCAAUGCAGACGAGGUUCCUGUCGAUGUCGUUGUCGAUCGCCUUCUUAGCCACCUGGCUGCGGGAGGGUAUGGUUGUAUUCACGCUGUCAGCGGGAAAAGGGCCCGACUGAUUAUCCAAGAGUGGUGGGCUUCAGCUACGAAGCUUCGUCGCAUACCCUGGACAGCGCGGCCACUCUGGUUAGCGGCUGAUUGGAAGUCCCAAGAGCAACACCGGGUCAGUCGCUUAUAUGUCAUUUUGGGAGCCUCUUUUGCUUUUUCGGAGGACCGAACGUUAGCACUGAGCCACGACCUUGCCCAGCAAAACAAUUUAAACCUACAACUCUUCACGUGUACGGAUUUAGAUGAUUACUUGACGAGCAGAGAAGGGCAUGUUAGAUAUGUCAUGGAUAAAUUUGCGCAGAACAGCAAGUGGGCUUGGCUGAUUGUUCAGAUCUUUUAUCGAAACUUCGGUCACAAGUGA